GAUGAAGGCCUGGGUCGAACACUACAACAGGCUCUUGAACGUGGAGUUUGACUGGCCAAUGGAUGAGCUUCCAGAGGCUGCUCCAGUUGUAGGACCUGCUCCACCAGUCACUACUGAGAUGAUCAGCAAGGCACUGAGUAAGAUGAGGUUUGGAAAAGCUGUGGGCCCUUCUGGCAUCAACGCUGAGAUGCUAAAGGCAGCUGGCGAGGAGGGCAUCGAGUUGACUAGACAACUGACUGAAGCGGUCUUCAGGAACGGAACUGUGCCGGUUGAGUGGGAGAAGAGCAUCAUUCUCAGUCUCUACAAGGGGAAAGGUGAGGCUCUGGACCGAGGCAACUACAGAGGCCUCAAGCUCACCGACCAUGUCAUGAAGUUACUGGAGCGUGUGCUGGACUCAGCUAUUCGUAAGAUGGUCAACAUCGACGACCUUCAGUUUGCCUUUGUGCCUGGCAGAGGCACCACCGAUGCCAUCUUCAUUGUGCGCCAGCUGCAAGAGAAGUUCAUAGCCGCAAACAAACCUCUGUACUUCGCCUUUGUCGAUCUGGAGAAGGCCUUCGAUCGAGUUCCCAGAAGGGUGCUGUGGUGGGCACUGAGAAGUCUUGGUGUUGAGGAGUGGGCCGUGAGGGUGAUCCAGGCCAUGUACGCAAAUGCCAGGAGCCGUGUGCGAGUGAACGGACAGUACAGCGAGGAGUUCGGCGUUGGUGUUGGCGUUCACCAGGGAUCUGUCCUCAGUCCCCUGCUGUUCAUCCUCGUUUUGGAAGCUCUGUCUCGUGAAUUCCGCACUGGAGUCCCCUGGGAGCUCCUGUACGCAGACGACCUGGUGAUCAUCGCUGACACCCUGGAAGAAUGCAUCGCUAGACUGAAGGCAUGGAAGUCGGGCAUGGAACGCAAAGGCCUGCGGGUUAACAUGGGGAAGACAAAGUUCAUGAUUUCUGGUCAAGGACUGAACAAACUGAAGGAAACUGGAUCUUUCCCGUGUGCUGUAUGCCGUUCCGGGGUGGGUGCUAACUCCAUCCAGUGUACAGUUUGUAACUUCUGGGUCCACAAGAGAUGCUGUGGCAUAAGAGGGAGUCUGCUAGCUGUGCAGAACUACACAUGUCCGCGGUGUCGAGGGGAAGCUAGGCCACUGGAUGGCCGCCCUACAACACAAGUCACAGUGGAUGAAGUGGUCCUGGACGUGGAAGCCAGCUUCUGUUACCUUGGGGACAUGCUCUGUGCUGGUGGCGGGUGUGAGCUUGCAGUCACCACCAGAUCCUGCAUUGCCUGGGGUAAAUUCAAGAAGCUCCUGCCCAUCCUUACUUCCAGGCACCUACCCUUCAAAACCCGUGGCAAGGUGUUUGACUGCUGUGUACGUGCGGCCAUGCUUCAUGGGAGUGAAACCUGGGCACCUACCACCUCGGAUCUACAGCGGUUGCGCCGCAAUGACCGUGCCAUGAUCAGAUGGAUUUGUGGCGUCAAACCCCGGGAUGAGACCCCUUCAUCUAGCUUACUUGAUAAACUUGGUAUUCUGGACAUCAUCUCAGUGCUGCAGUCCCGCCGUCUUAGAUGGUUUGGGCACGUUGAAAGAUCUAGUGACUGCAUCAAUAAGAUCACCAAACUGAAAGUAUCUGGCAACAGAGGUCGUGGUAGACCUAGGAAAACCUGGAGGGACUGUGUCAGCAGGGACUUGAAGGAGUGCGGUCUGACAGGGGUCGACCCACUGGACAGAGCCAAAUGGAAGCGGAGUGUGAAGACUGGCCGACUGCUGCCUACCCCUGCGUCAGGGAACCCAGCAGCAGUAUAAUCUAACCAUGGAUAGUGAGUGAUUACUAUACAGUAUG